GGCCUCCUACCGCCUGGGACCCGCCUUCGCAGCCAGGCCGUCACUGCCGGCCGCCUGCCCUCCCCUCGGCGGCUCCCGGGAGACAGCGGUGCGUCUGGCCCUUGUCUGCAGCUGCCCUAUACCGGGCCUUCUAGCAGCCCCAUCCGGAGCAGCGACCCUGUUGGUUGGCGAGGAGGAGCGCAAAGGGCAGUCCGCAGUCCCCUUGGGCUGAAUGCUGCGUGGAAGAAAAGUAGCCGGGGAGUCCCCGGGCGCCGUCGCCGCUCUCUGGAGGAAGCAUGUAGAGGUGACCCAGUUUGAUUAAACGGGAAUUGCAGAGACAGGCCCACUAUCCCAUCCAUCAAAGGUAACGGCCGUGGCGUCCCCUUUGGGCCUGGAGGUCCUGCUGCCUUUCCUGCCCUCCAGCCAUCCUCUGGGCCCAUGUUUCCACAGCCUUUCAUCCCAGUGGUGGCAAGAAGCUCAGAGAUGGGGGGUACUUCUGUGCGGCGGGCCACUGUCUCUUCCAGGACCCGCUUGCGUGGCAGCAGUGGCACCAUGCUGCUGCCCUCCAUGCUGAUGUUUGGUGUGAUCGUGGCCUCCAGCGGCCUUCUGCUCAUGAUUGAGAAGGGCAUUUUGGCUGAAGUGAAGUCCCCACCUCUCCAUCCCUCCCAUGGAGAGCUGUCCUGGAGGAAUGCGGGCAGUGCCAGAGCUGCUUCAGUGCCAGAGGACAUAGGGUACCAUGUCCUGCAAGAUAUCCGUAACAGGACAAUCCGUACCAUGUGUGGGCAAAAGAACAUGCCCCACAGUAUCUGGGACCUCUCCGCUGGCCAGAGGAGGACAUUACUCAAACACAUUCUGGUUAGCGACAAACAUCACUUUUUGUAUUGCUACGUCCCCAAAGUUGCCUGCUCCAACUGGAAACGGAUUCUGAAAGUUUUAGAUGGCGUGCUGGAGAAUGUGGACGUGAAGCUGAAAAUGGACCACAAGAAAGACUUGGUUUUCCUCAGUGAGAUGAAACCAGAGGAGAUCAGAUACCGGCUAAAGCAUUAUUUUAAGUUCAUCUUCGUCCGAGACCCGAUGGAGAGACUUUUAUCAGCUUACAGAAAUAAAUUUGGAGAGAUCAAAGAGUACCAGUUGAAAUAUGGAGUGGAAAUAGUCAACAGGUAUAGGAAAAACCCUGGGAAAACCACUGGAGAUGAUGUCACUUUCUCUGAAUUUCUCCGGUACCUCUUAGAUGAAGAGGUGGAGAAAAUGAAUGAACACUGGAUGCCCAUCUACAGCUUGUGCCAGCCCUGUGCGGUGAGGUAUGAUUUCAUCGGAUCCUAUGAAAGACUGAAUGAAGAUGCCAAUUAUGUUCUGGAACGGGUUCAAGCACCCUCCUUUAUACACUUUCCAGAAAGGCAAUCAUGGUACAAGCCAGUAACUCCUCAAACUUUGCAUUAUUAUCUGUGUAACACUCCAAGGGGGCUUGUCAAAGAGCUGUUGCCAAAGUACAUUUUGGAUUUCUCUUUGUUUGCUUACCCUCUUCCAAACAUUACAAGUGAAUUUUGCAGGCAGUGAACUUUUGUCCACUGCCGAACCAUCUCAGUGUCCUAUGCAAUUUCAUAAUUUUUUUGUACUUUUACUAACAUUUUCCACAUCAGAAUGUUUCCUAUGUAGAUUUAACCUUUAUAUACUAUGUAUAUAGGCCGCUGACUUAAGCACAAUAUUUUCCUUUGAAUUUGGGGAGUGGUUUUUGUAUAUUUUAGGAACAAAGCAAUUUUUUUAAGACUUAGUAUCAACUGCAGGACAGUUACAUUGUGGAAGUAAAUUGCAAUAGCAACAAUGGAAAAUUUCCAGAGAGGGCUUCACUUACCCCAGUCUGCAUGUGUGUGUGAGGUGUGUUUGUGUCCCUAGCCAGUAAGAUCUUAUAACAAAAGGGCA